GGCGCGGUGCCGUGCGGGUGGCUCUUUUCCCUCAGCCGCGGCCGCUCGGCGCCGCCGCCCUCUCUCCCCUAUGGAAGAGAUGGAAGAGGAGCUAAAAUGCCCGGUGUGCGGCUCCUUUUACCGGGAGCCCAUCAUCCUGCCCUGCUCGCACAACCUAUGCCAGGCGUGCGCCCGCAACAUCCUGGUGCAGACACCGGAGUCGGAGUCGCCGCAGAGCCGCCGCGCCUCGGGCUCGGCCGUCUCCGACUACGAUUACCUGGACCUGGAUAAGAUGAGCCUGUACAGCGAGGCGGACAGCGGCUACGGUUCCUAUGGCGGCUUCGCCAGCGCUCCCACCACCCCCUGUCAGAAGUCCCCCAACGGGGUCCGCGUCUUCCCGCCGGCCGCCCCGCCGCCCCCCGCCGCCCUGGCGCCGCCGCCGCCGCCGCGCAACGCCUGCCUCACCUGCCCGCAGUGCCACCGCAGCCUGGUGCUGGACGAGCGCGGGUUGCGGGGUUUCCCCCGCAACCGCUUGUUGGAAGGAGUCAUCGACCGCUACCAGCAAGGCAGGGCGGCGGCGUUGCGGUGUCAGCUCUGCGAGAAGGCGCCCAAGGAGGCGGCCGUCAUGUGCGAGCAGUGCGAUGUCUUCUACUGCGAUCCCUGCCGCCUGCGAUGCCACCCGCCGCGGGGACCCCUGGCCAAGCAUCGCCUGGUCCCGCCGGCCCAGGGUCGCGUCAGCCGCCGCCUCAGCCCCCGUAAGAUCUCCACCUGCACCGACCACGAGCUGGAGAACCACAGCAUGUACUGCGUGCAAUGCAAGAGCCCCGUCUGCUACCAGUGCCUGGAGGAGGGCAAGCAUUCCAGCCACGAAGUCAAGGCGCUAGGCGCCAUGUGGAAGCUCCACAAGAGCCAGCUUUCCCAGGCCCUGAAUGGGUUAUCAGACAGAGCCAAGGAAGCAAAGGAGUUCCUGGUCCAGCUCCGCAACAUGGUGCAGCAAAUCCAGGAGAACAGCGUGGAGUUCGAGGCCUGCCUGGUGGCCCAGUGUGACGCCCUCAUUGAUGCCCUCAACAGAAGGAAAGCCCAGCUGCUCUCCCGGGUCAACAAGGAGCAUGAGCACAAGCUGAAGGUGGUGCGAGACCAGAUUUCUCACUGCACGGUCAAGCUGCGCCAGACCACGGGCCUGAUGGAAUACUGCCUGGAGGUCAUCAAGGAGAACGACCCCAGCGGCUUCCUGCAGAUCUCCGACGCUCUCAUCAGGAGAGUGCACUUAACCGAGGACCAGUGGGGAAAGGGGACGCUCACACCCCGGAUGACCACGGACUUUGACCUGAACCUUGACAACGCCCCUCUGCUACAAUCCAUCCACCAGCUUGACUUUGUGCAGAUGAAAGUUUCCUCCCCAGUGCCGGCCCCCCCAAUCCUGCAGCUAGAGGAGUGUUGCACCCACAACAACAGUGCCACCUUGUCCUGGAAGCAGCCCCCCUUGUCGACGGUGCAGGUGGAAGGCUACAUCCUGGAGCUCGACGAUGGCAAUGGCGGCCAGUUCAGGGAGGUGUACGUGGGCAAGGAGACCAUGUGCACGGUGGACGGGCUUCACUUCAACAGCACAUACAGCGCACGUGUCAAAGCCUUCAACAAAACAGGAGUCAGCCCGUACAGCAAGACCCUGGUCCUCCAGACAUCUGAGGACACGCAGUCAGAAGAACAGACCCUCCCUUUUCCAGUGCCUUUGGAAAGAUCGCAGCUUCGUAGAAUGAGUCCUUUCUCCUCCACCCUUAAUCUACAACCCAGCUUUCCGGGGAGAUCCUACUUUGAGCUAAGAUCUUCGGCCCACCAGCUGAGCUUGCAUUCUUCCUUACAGUCCCUGAAUUCAGCCGGUGAGCUGAGUGCCUCUGGCAUGUCCUCUUGGUCUGUGCUUCUGGGCAUCUCCAAAUUAUUUGUUUGUUUUGUUCCGUUGUGUUUGUUUUUCCCAUGACAUGCGGAUGGCAGGGGAAACUCCUUCUGUUUGUCAGUGGCCUGCUCCUGCCGCAGAGGGACUUUCAGUGGCGUAGUUCUCGUGGUGUGUUCAUCUGUACGUACCAGCAUGGGCAGUUUCAGGCGUGGGGUGAUGGAGCAGCACAGUAACUCCUUACAUGGGUGCUGUUCUUGGCAGGGCCGGCAUGGCUGAACCAUUUCGCACAGCCAGCCGGCAGAGCAGAUCCCUCAUCUCUAGUUUGUGUUGAUCUUGUGUCUAGGGGCAGUCAGAAGGACAAACCUUCCCUGGGAGAAACCUGUGGGCGCAUCUCAAUGGUUUGCUUUCCCUACACAACCAGAAAACUCAGCCUCUGCUGUGAGAUUUGUUCUGUGAAAUCAGUUUGCUCAAUUAAAUCUAGACCUCUCUUAAGAAAGAAGCAAGCCUAGAUGCAAGCAAGGUCUAGCUAAGGCCAGCUUACAGACCCCUUGCAGUCUGGCUUCUUAAGACCCUUAAGACGUGGAUCUCAUUUGCUCAGCUUUGAGCACUAGGCUCAGCUUUUGCAAAACCAGACAUGAUCGUAUCGAAGUCUUGUUUUCUGCAGAGCAGAGGAAACCACUCCCGUGAUACCUUGCUCGUCUGGCUGCACCCACAAGCACUUUGCUUCCCUCCUUGCACCCGGUCCUCGUGGGCAGUACAGGCAGAACGAGUGAUGGUAUCGGUAGCCAGCGAAGGAGCCACAGGCACCGUGCAUCUCUCAGAGCUGUUUUCUAACCAGUCUUUGCACAUCUUCCGUUGCUAAAGAUCCUGGGCCCUGAUUCUUCCUCUGCUCUGGAUUUACACCAUUCCAUGGGCUCCAAUGGAGUAAUUCAUGGCGUUCUCUGGUGUAAGCCCAGGAAGAAUGGGGGCCCCCGAUUGUUUGAUUUCCAUCCCAUAACCCGGAAUGAGGAAUGCUGCAGCAUGACCCUUGCCAGAAUAACCAGGGGCCCUGCAACUUUCUUUUCUUUGUGCUUUUUAUGUUUUAUUUCUCAUUGUACCGCUGUGCACUAAUGGCUUGAACUCUGUUUUGUUACGGACAUUUCUUACUUUGUGUCCAGUGUACCGAGAUCCACUGCGAUGGCCACGAGCGAUACUUGUGUGUGCAGUACGGACCCCUGCAGCCACGGUCUGGGGUGGUGGGGCAGGGCGAAACGGGGUCCGAAUGUGCCCGUGUGUCCGUGCUGUUUCGCGCUCAGGUGAACUUGUAUCACAGCGACGCGCAGAGACCUUGAAAACCACUCUUUGAAUUGGGGCAAGGGGCGCGAUUCAUUAAAACAGCCUCAGGAGGUGCUGCUUGGCACUCGCCAUGGAGCACAACUACGGCCAGGUGCUGUCCCACCAACACGCACGUCAGCAGGGUGAAGAGCCUGCUUCCUUGCCCGAGGAGAGGUAAAAACCAGUCACAGAGCAAUACUGGUGCUGGAUUUCCUUAAAAUCCAGCACCCAUCACAAAUGCCCUCCCAUGCAGUGCCAACGUGGGGCUCCGUGUUGUCCUCUCCACCUGGUGAGGACAAUCUCCUGGAUCAGGACAAGCCCCUGGAUCAGUCCCCAGCUGCAGCCCAGCUCCCAGGAGGUGUUUGCGGCCAGUCAGGCACAGCCCAGUCGCAGGAGGGUGAAAGGCACCCCAGCACACCCUGCCCAUGCAGCUGCAGCCAAAGGUGCAGCCUGGUGCCCUCUGGGUGCUGGCGGGGCUCUGAGGCCAGGUAUCUGCCCCCAGAGACCCCCUCUCCUGCUCUGCUCCUGCCCAGACCGCAUGGACAGCAGGGGAGGCAGCCCGGGAGAGCUCGGUGGUCACUAUUCACUGGACACGCCAGUGGCUGCUCUGCUUUCAUCAGUCCCUGUCCUCCAAGGAGUGGUUUGGGUUUAAGUGAUUCAAGAGAGUCAAUCUAGAGAAUCCUUACCAAGCAGCCAAGACAUUCUGCCAAGGCUAAAAUUUCCUGCCCCUUUUCUGGAGAAAAGUCCAAUGAUUUGGCAUCCCGAGCAGGUAGCGAUCAGACUUGAUGCUCUUGAAGGCUGUGAUGGGAUCUGGCCGUGGAAGAGCAGAUACUCCACAAGUCCCAGAGGUGAGGCUCACCAAUACGGCCAACAGUUCACACUCAAACCCACGGGUCAUAUUUGUGACCCCUCUCCGUGCUCUCUGGCUUUUAAUGAAUCAGGCCUCCCGUGGCUGGCUGGAUGCUUAGUUAAAGGUUAAAUGCUCAUGAGUGUUUUUCAGGUGGUUGUUGUUUCUUAGUUGUGAUGUGUGAAAUGUAGUAUCUCUUUAUAGGAUGCAAUUUUGAGACACAAGGAACGCCUUACUCUCAAUUAGGCAAGUAUAUUUAUUACAAUUAACUGGCACCUACUCCAUGUUGCUCAUCCUUUUUUCUUUUUUUUUUUCUUUAAAUCUUUAACUUUUCUGCGUCGAGGGAGCAGCAUUUCUUGUGCACACCCUGCUUGCAGGGUGCUCUCGGGUGUCACGGCAGUAGGCAAAUUCAGAGGAGGAAUAGUCAUUGCUGUACAAUGUAAAGGCAUUUUAAGUUUUCUCCCACAUGGUUUUAAAGAGAAGCCUGAAGUCAGCGCUCUGGAAGCAGCCCCCUAAUUAAGAACCAACCCUUCUGCUCAAAUCAACACAUAUUCCUGUUCAUUAAGGGCGCUUGAAUGUGGGCCAAAUGCCGAGGAGGUGAUUAGCCCCUCUGCAGCUAAUUGGAGCGAGUGUUGUCGUAGCUGGGUGCCUGUCCCAUGCACACUGCCUGCCUCCGGGGCAGCGGCGCUCAGCAGCCGGCCCGUUCGUUCCCCUGGGAGAAGGAUCCCCGUGCCCAGCCCAGCGGGAUUCCCUCCUCGGGCAGCUCGCCCACCGUGCCGGGCAGCCUGCACCCGCUGGCAGCCCCAGCCCGUCCCCGCUCCGUCUCUCCCCACCUUCACGCAAAACGCUGAAAGGUCCGUGCGCUCGCUGGAGAAGCAGGCAAGCAGAAAUUUGUUUCUCCUUCCUUUCUUUACCCAACUUUACGUGCUGUUUUCUCUCCUGCAUGCCUUUCCUUGGGAAUGA